UUCCCCCGUAAUUGCUGAUUCUGUUCCUGCAGCAACGAUCGAUUCCCCCGACCCACCAGGAGGACACAGGACGGUGCAUCAGCACAGACUGCAUAAGUUACAGUUUUGGCCUUCACAACAUCCCCUGGCAAGGAGUUCCACAGGUUGACUGUGCGUUGUGUGACAAGGAUGACAGAAGAUUCAAAAACGCACUGGGAUGAUUUGUUUUCAAAAUGGGGCAGUAAACUUCCCGGUCUGUCUGAGGAGGAAACUGAAGAAUUCCAGACCGCUGUCAAAGUUGGGAACUUGUCAAAAGCCAUUUCUGUGGUGAAAAAGUCUGAUCAGUUGCUAAGAAAUACCAAACUCAACAUCGCCAUCACAGGGAACUCGGGCUCUGGGAAGUCGUCUUUCAUCAAUGCCAUAAGGAGCCUGAACGAUGAUGACAGUGGUGCAGCUGAGACUGGGGUGAAUGAAACAACAAAGGUUCCAACUGCUUACCCCCAUCCCAUUCACCCAAAUGUGAUUGUGUGGGAUCUACCUGGGAUCGGAUCACCAAAGUAUCCAACAGAAACAUAUGUCAAAGAUAUGAACCUUGAUCAGUAUGAUUUCUUCAUCAUCAUCGCAGCCCUGCGCUUCACAGAGACUGAUACCAAACUUGCCAAAGAAAUCAAGAGGAUGGGGAAGAAGUUUUACUUUGUUCGCUCCAAGGUGGAUGUGGACUUGGAUAAUGAACAAAGAAAAAGAAAUUUCAAAGAGGAGAAAACUCUAGAGGUAAUGAGAAAUAGAUGCAUGAGGCACCUGCAAGAAUCAGGCAUCAUCUCCCCACAGGUUUUCCUGGUGUCAAGAUGGGACUUUCACAAGUACGAUUCUCCCCUACUGCAGCAGACUUUCGCAAAUGACCUCGACACUCACAAGAGACAUGUUCUCAUCUGUGCCCUGCCCAGCACCUCUGAAAAAAUCUUGAAAGAGAAACAGAAGGCCCUGCAGGAACAGAUCUGGAAACAAGCCCUGAAGUCGUGCGCUCUCGCUGCUGUUCCUCUCCCAUUUCUCUCAGUUAAGUGCGAUGUCGACAUCCUGGUGGAGAACAUGAGAGAGUAUUGCAAGUCCUUUGGCCUGGAUGAUGAUUCACUCAAAUCACUUGCUAAACAAGUUCGGAUGUCUGCUGAUGAGCUGAAAUCUGUGAUGCAGUGUGCUUUGGCCAAAGAUAUAACAAGAGAAGAGGCUUUGAAGCGGCUCAGAGAGGCUACAGGGGAAAAUAUGAUGACAGUUAAAUAUUUUAUCAGCGUGGUACCACUGAUUGGCACUGGGAUAGCAGCAGAGAGAUCUUACAAUGUCACCUAUGAAAUGCUACAUACGUUUUUGGAUGAAGUUGCAGAAGAUACUCAACGAGUCCUGAAAAAGGCUUUGGAGGGAGCAGAGGAUAACUAAUAACAAUGUCCCAAAGUAGAGCUUCUCCCCAGCUUUGCAGGAUAAACUGCCACACCCCAAGCCUCCUUUCUGUAAUUUUAUUGUCCCAAACUUAAACAAACCAGGAGCCAAAACCAUUUCUUGGCUCACCCCUGCAUUGCCGACUUUCACUGCCUCCGCUUCCGGGGCCUCUGGCAGUCCUGCUGCUCCUGUUUCCACUCUCUCUCUCUCUCAACCAGUCCCCCCUCAGUGGGUCCCUGGUCUGUCCACACUGCACAGUAAGCCUGAGCUCUGACUCAGGUUUGAGCCUAAACCCUGCUUCCUUCCUCACCCAAAUCAGUCUGACUCGGGUCAGUGAGCACUCGGGAAUAGGACCUAGGACCCUGCUGGGGGGUGGGUCAGAGCCCUAGUCCUGCUGAGUCUCAGGUCCAAGCCCUGUCAUUCUGCAGUGUGGACACAGCUCAAGCUGCAGACCCAAUCAGAAGGUUUGCGUAGUGCAGUGUGGACACACUAGCACAGCCCUGAGACCCGGGUCCAGCACUUGUAAACCCAGGUUUCCAGUGCAGUGUGGACACUCAAGUGCAGGCUUGGAAACACCGAGUCCACAAGCUCGGGUCCCAUAGACCCAGGGAUACAAUGCAGUGUAGAAGUACCAUCUUGGACCUGUAUUACCCCAGUGCAGCCCAUCCCUUAAUUGUCCCAGCUGGGAGCUCCUGUUCUAGCACAAGGAGGGAGAAGUGAGGUUGUACCCACUUCAGUCACAGGGGCCAGACAUCCCGUGACAGAGAACAAAAGAGCAACAGAUCUGACACCAACCCCAUGGCAAGUGGGGACUGGAUCUGAGUAGAGAGGAGGUGGCAUUUCCUUCCUUUUCACAUGUAAUGUGACAGACGAGAGAAAGACUGACUAAGGUGUGGGGAGGGGAGGGAACAGCUAGGUUCUUUUCUGUUAAAUGAAGAUGAUUUUUAAUAAGGCUGGAAACAGACAAAACUGAGGUCGAAUUCCCAGCUUCUACAAUUACUUCUGAUCAUCCCACAGGAAAAGGGACACUGUCCAAUGAAAUACCAUAUUAAACACACACUCCUCACCUGUGUCACUAAUAACACCAGGCAGAGGUGUGAACUCUCAGCACCAUUCAGGCCUCGCCUACAUUAGACAGUUAGAUCAACCUAACCACGUUGCACAGGGCUGUGAAAAAUGUCACACAAAGACCCUGAAUACUGUAGUUAGGUCAGUAACCCCUGGUGUAGAUGCGGCUAAAUCGAUAGAAGAAUUCUUCUGUCAACCUAGCUCCUCUCUUCUGGAAAGGAGGAUUAAUGACAUCAGUGGAAAACCCCCUUUUGUUGAUGUAGGAAGCAUCUAUACUAUGUUACUACAUCUGCAGUACUGGACCUACGGAUCUGUCUGCACUAUGGAGACUGUGUAUCAGCGCAGCUUCAUCGCCGUAGCUAUGUCAGCAUGGAAACAACCUCAGAAUUUCAGCGCAGCUGUGGAAAUUCGGAACUUGCCCUUUAACCACUUGGGGAACAUGUGGCAGGGAAGCAAAACACACAGGCUUUAGCAAAGGAAAUUCUUAACCACAGACACCAACCAGCAAUCUGGGCUCCUAUUGCGAAACUCCAUCCCCCCCAACUCUUUCAUAGGGGUGGGGCAACCGUUAAGAGUCAUCACAAAGUCAGCAGACCCUGCUUGUCAUUUCGACAGCUCUCUGUUCCAGUGCUCUAUGGGGUGUUACGCUCCCCUCCCAGCAGCGGAGAUGUCUCGGUAUUGCCUCACAACAGGCUGUGCAUAAAGUAGAUUAAACUGGAUUGAGCUGAGGCCUCAAAAUGGCGAACAGAAUCCAACAUGGAAGCCUGCAAACAAAAUGGAUGGUGUAUAGCUGACACAGACAUACAAAAUGGAUGAUGUACAGUGGACACGGACACACAAAAUGGAAGGUGAAUAGCAGACACAGUUACACAAAAUGGCUGAUAAUCUUCCACAGUUCAUCACAUCCACAUUCUGAGCAGCCCGACGAUAACAAUCUGGGAGCUGUAGCCUGCUCAGCAACCCAGAUGUCCGCUCCUGCUGCUUGAACUCAGGGCCCGGAGCUCAAGUCAGAGUCUGUCUAUGCUUGGAGCUAGGGGUGCGAUGCCCAGCUCGCAGAGACACCCUCACGAUCGCUCUCCUGGAGCUAGCAUGUGGAAUAUGGUGGUGUAAUCAUGGCAGCAUGGAGAAUGGCGGUAUGGGCUAGAUGUACUGAGUGAAAACCCACCUGGACCCUCAGCUCCAAGUGUAGAUGUAGCCUGAAAUGGCCUCUCUGAGAAACCCCUGGGAGCAAAUCCCCAGCUGGCGUGAAUGGACGUAGCUCUGUUGAUUCAAUCCCAUUUACACAGCUCUAGAUCUGCUCCUCCAUGCACAGCCAUUUACCCAGUCUCAUCCCAGGGGUUGGCUAAAGUUUCUGUUCUCUGGCUGAGGUGAUGAAACUCAAGGCUGUUAUUAACCUGUAACGAAGUUGUACCCUGAGCAGAGUUUGGAAGCAUCCGGCUGCUAAACGUGUAUCAGAGGCUUAAUGGUUACUGAGAAUCUCACCUCUGCAAUUGACAACCCUGAGCUGCGGGUUGAGCUACUGCUGAUGCGUUUAAUCCCUGAUUUGCUUGAUUGAUGCUGAGUUUAGAUUUGCCUGAGUGUCCGGGAACCACCGACCCUGCUCAGACUGAGCUGAGGUGCUGGGAUUGUAAUCACAGGGUGUUUGUCUCUCAUGGCUAUUGGUUCAUGUGAUGCUAUGUAUCAAACUGUUACUAUUCAUUUGCUCAGUGUUUCAUACCUGGUAAUCUGUGUGGAUUCAAUUUCACUGCUCCAUGUACUAGUUGCUUGUGGUUUGAUAUUAAUUCCAAACCUUGUAGAAGUGCAUUUAUCCUUCAAUAAAUUGCUGUAGAAUUUAAUCUGA